UCGAGAGUUCGAGCCUCUCUCACCCCACCAAAAAAUGACCUUGUGAUGAUGAAACGCUCCUGCGACAACUUGGGUCGUCGCAUCUCCAGCUGAAUCAUCAGCUGACACGAGCAAAUCUGAACCCGGUCUACUUUUUCUUUUUUUUCUUAAUCCGCGCUCCUUGUUCUGGGUCCCCCAAUAAUCCUGACGAGUUCAUCCGCCGCCCCCAUGCCUCCGGCGCUACUGCUGCGCUCUCCUCGCCUCCUCCUCGGCCGCUCCCGAGCCCUGCCUCCUCUUCUCCGUCUCCGACGAGCCCCCGGCUUCAGCCCGUCGCCUCUGCUCGUCCUGCCCAGUCACCGGCGCCUCUCCGCCGCGCAGCUCGCUGACCCGCUCGCCGCCGCAGGGGUAGAGGAGGCGGUGGUGGGCUUCGUCACCGGCAAGCGGAAGGCCACCGAGGUAGCCCACUCGGUGUGGAGGAGUAUUGUUCGGAAAGGAGAUACAGUGGUUGAUGCCACCUGCGGGAAUGGCAAUGACACGUUUGCUUUGCUUAAGAUGGUGGCCGACGAAAGAGGGCAAGGGCGUGUCUAUGGGAUGGACAUCCAGGAUUCCGCGAUAGAUAGCACGUCCUCUUUUCUGGAAAUGGCCGUUGAUAGCCAUGAGAUGGAACUAGUCAAGUUGUUUUCAGUAUGUCAUAGUAGGAUGGAAGACAUUGUUCCAAAAGAUUCUCCUGUCAGGCUUGUAGCAUUCAACUUGGGCUACCUUCCAGGAGGAGAUAAAACAAUAAUUACUAUACCUAGGACAACUGAGCUGGCAUUGCAAGCUGCCAGCAGAAUUGUUAGCUCGGGGGGACUCAUAAGUGUCCUUGUCUACAUUGGGCAUCUGGGUGGAAGGGAUGAACUUGAUAUCGUGGAAUCAUUUGCGUCAAGCUUGCCUGUUGAUACAUGGGUGAGCUGUAAGUUUGAAAUGAUCAACAGGCCGGUUGCUCCAGUACUUGUUCUCCUGCACAAGAAAUGACAACAGUUCCAGUCAAGCUCCACAAUUUUGGGAUUCCCUGUUCUCGUUCCCGGUUGAACUAAAUGCCGCAAUGCAUGCUGUGAUCCUAAAUUGCUGCUUGUGGUUAUGAGUUAUGAGAAAGGAAUUCUCUCCAGGCUACCUAGCUGUAACAGAGUGAAAAUAUUGUAAAUUUAUAGUUUGGUUUUGUCAAUUUCUUACCAAGCUGUUAGAAACUUGAGUCUAAUUGACAGUGAAAUGAACGCAUUGGCCAUUCGUAACGCCAGCCAUCACCCACAA